AGAAAUAACAAAACAAUAUAGCAAUCUACAGUUUUUUGACUUCAAAAAGCAUCACAAAACAAAAUGUCGUGGAGCAGCACGGAUGCCCUGGGCCACCUACAAACUCUGGUGACGAGGCUAAAAGUUCUUCAGAAUCUAGAAAUUCUGAUCCUCAAUGCAGAGCAGCAGGAGCAGCCUGUUGGCGAACUGCAGGAGCAAGUCCGCAGGCUGGAACUGAUUAGAUCGCAGAUGACGUUGUUUAAUACAGAGCGACUUAGCAUAGUGGAGCAGCUGCAUCAGAACUUUGCGCACCACGUUUCUGUGCAGCACCACAUUUCAUUUGCUUUGAGGCAAGGCUUCGGCGAACUGCGGGAGGGACUGAAUGCGCUUCAUUACCGGAUGAACAGAAUGAGCGAGGACAUCACCUGCCCCAUCUGCCUCGCCCCUUGGACAUCGCAGGGCAGACAUCGUGUAGUUUCGCUGAGAUGUGGACACCUCUUCGGAAGCAUCUGCAUUCGCACUGCCAUCAGAAGGUCCCAUCGAUGUCCGAUUUGCAGGCGCCGGGCCCGAAACUCCGAUUUGCGUAGGAUCUUCAGUCAACGGGUCUUUCCGUAGUGUUGCCACCACUUGUUCGCUUGGAGUUACAUAAUUAUUUAUUGUUAUGUUAUUUUAAAUUUCAAAGAUUUUAGUUCCUGCCGUUAUUCAUGAUUUACGAUGACCAAAUGUGUAUGAUGGCUCAUUUAACAACAGAAAUGAAGGAAAUGGCCAAUUGUCUACAUAUUUUUGACCUUAUCGAACAAUGAAUGGCCCUCAAAUGUAACCAAUGCUAAACCAACUCAAUCGAGAAACAUACAAAAAUAACGGAAUUAAACUAAAAUUGUUCGUUCUUCACCCAGGAAAUUAAAAAAAGGAUUUCAA